CAACACCAUAGGAUAAUAUUAUGAAUAUAUACUGCUGGAAAUCAAGAUAUCACCUUCUUCAUACUGUAUCCGUAGUCAGAAGAUAUACUUUAUGGGUAUAGUGGGUUAUCACCCCUGGCUUCAUACACCCAUAUGUAGUCACAUCCACCCGGUUGGCCUGUGAAGCACAUUUUUAUCGCCAAAAACACAUCGCGCUUUAGACGAUAACAGUCAUGUCUAAAGUUAUAACCAUCAAUUCCACCUCGGUUUCCAACAACACCACCUACUACCGCAUAGACAUCAAGAUCCCUCUCCGGUCCCUUACGGUUCUGAGGAGAUACUCUGAGUUUGACGACCUUUUAAAGACCUUAUCCCAACUGCUUGGAAUAGACUCCAAGGACUUCCCAUAUAAACUCCCAGCCAAAUCUUCCAUAUUUACCAAGAACAGUGCAUCCACCAUCUCAGAAAGGAAGCAGGGGCUUGAAGAUUUUCUUAAUGCGUUGGUAGCAGACAGGGAACUUCAAAACAUUCCUCUGCUCCAUGAGUUUCUUCACCUACCAGUCAUGUUCAAGUUUUCUCCAUCCAUGUUUAAAAGCAAGGACAGCAGCAUCGGCAACUUGGUUAUUUCUGAUCCACAAAGUAUUGAUUCUACAAGAUGGUUGGAGUUUUUGAGGUUAUUCAAAUCCAACGUGAACAAGUUGAUGGAAACAUACAAUGAAGAUCCCAGCAUCAACAAUAAAAUAAAUAUAAGGAGCAAAAUCCAGCUGAUAGUGAAGCCCAACAUGGUGAUAUUGGCACAAAGACUAGAUGAAUUGUAUUCCCUGGGUACAAUAGAAGAGCAAGAGUAUCAAAGAAGAAAGCUUAUUUCCAAGGAAUUGACUCACGAGAUAGAAGGCUUGUACGAUGUUAUCGAAGGAGGGUCGAAACCAUCCACAAAUGUUUCUGAUUUCUCGAAACGGUCCCUUUUGGAUUCCAGAAGAGUUAUUGGUGCUCGUCCGGUGGAAACGAAGAAGACAAUACCUUUGAACAACCGAGAACUAUUACAACAUCAGAUUCAAAUCCACAGAACUCAGGAUCAGGAACUCGAGGGGUUGCGCAAGAUAAUAGCCCGCCAAAAGGAAAUUGGUCUUACCAUCAACCAGGAAGUAGAAGAACAAAAUGAAAUGUUGGACCUGUUGAAUGAUCAAGUUGAACUAACUACAGACAAGUUGAGACAUGCGAGAAAUAAGGCAAAGAAUAUAUUGUGA